GCGCCAUAAGAGAUGAUACAAGAAACGCGACUACUUCCGGUUUAAGUAUCGAGUAGAGCUCUUUCCUGUCCCCGUGUUUUCUCCGUCAGAUUCUUUUCAUCAAAAUGGCUCCCAAACCGAAGCCAACGGAGAAAACAGGCAGUAAGUCUGCUGAGAAAAAAACUGAGAAGAAGGCAGAGAAGAAGCCAGCGACUGCGACUCCAGCGGCAUCGACUUCGUCUGCUAAAGUAACAAAACCUGCAGCGGCCAAGCCAGCGGCAAAGAAACCCGCAGCUGCCAAGCCUGCAGCAACCAAGGCCGCGAGCAAACCGGCAGCGAAACCCGCUGUUAAAGCUCCUGCCAAGCCAGCAGCACCCAAACCCAAAAAGAAUGUUGGGGCAGUUAAGAAGACACCGAAAGGUGGCAAAGCUCCGGCCGCUCCGGUUCAGAAAGCCCUGAAAGCACAGAAAAAGAUCUUGAAAGGAGUUCAUGGAUCGCGCGUUCGGAAAAUCCGUACUUCAGUACAUUUCCAUCGUCCCAAGACCUUCAGACCACCCAGGAACCCAAAGUACCCAAGAAAAUCUGUACCAAAUAGGAACCGGAUGGAUGCCGUGAACAUCAUAAAGUUUCCAUUGACGACGGAAGCAGCCAUGAAAAAGAUAGAGGAUAACAACACUCUGGUGUUUAUCGUUCACACCAGAGCAAAUAAAUAUCACAUAAAAGCCUCUGUUAAAAAACUUUACGACAUCGAUGUUGCAAAAGUCAACACGCUGAUAAGGCCUGAUGGCAAAAAAAAGGCGUAUGUACGACUUGCUCGUGACUACGAUGCCCUAGAUGUUGCCAACAAAAUUGGCAUCAUAUAAACACUGUACUGUUUUCAUUCUUCUGUACAAAAAAAUACAAAAAUUCUGUACUGAUUGUCAAUAAAAUCUGUACAAAAAAACGUACAUUCUCAGUA